AUGCAUCCAGCGGUUCUUUCUCCCCAGUCCACAACGAUGGUUCCAUACCCUGUGUUUCAGUCUCCUGUUAGUCUGAGGCAUCUUGAUUACCAUCCCCUGAUGUUCCCGUUUCACCAACAGCUAGCUGUGCACGCUCAGACGGGAGCUUUUCAGUACAGUCUAGCAGGUUUACCAUUCCAAACUUCCCCUCAGAUGUUUGACGAUAACGGAUCAAGAUCAUCUAAAACAAAUUUCCCUCCAGGAAAUACUGGCUCCAGUUUUACUAUAGACGCUAUAUUGAACACUAAGCGCAACAGAUCCAACAGUAUUUCACCAGAAAGUUCUCCGGUGUCCAGAAAAGUUAGUACUUCCCACAAACGCCAUGAGCGCUUGAAGCACUUCUCCAUGCCUUACUGUCGAAGUCCUCCAAGACCUGAGAUAUCGGAUUCACCCCGUCCCGGCGGAGAUCUCGCCACAUCAGAUCCAAGCGAGAAGAAGUCUGGCUGUGGUGAAUGGAGAGGGGUUAGAGCUAAGAGAAUCCGGACAAUCUUCACCCCAGAGCAACUAGAACGCCUGGAGACCGAGUUGAGAGACAACAGUACAUGGUACUAUUUGGCCACGGAGCUUAACCUUACCGAAGCCCAAGUUAAAGUCUGGUUUCAGAAUCGCCGUAUAAAAUGGCGAAAGCAGACGUUGGAGAAACAGCAAGCACAGUUGGCGGCGUCUGACAUCUACCACAGUGUCCAGUCAGAAAGCGAUGCAGAAAGUAUCGAAGACGUUAGUGCAAAUAGAGACAAUGAUCGGGAAUCUCCUGAUGUACAGAAGGACUAA